AUGGUUUAUUAUUACACAUCAAAAAAUAUCAAUAUGCUGAAUAAUAUUAUCAAUGAUUACAAAGCAUUUAGUGAAAUAUCACCCUGUGAAUACAUGCAGAUGUACAUUGAAAAAUGCCCUGAAACUAUGGAGAACUCUAGGAUCACAUGGAUCGUAGAAACAUUUUUGAGAAUUGAAAAACAUAGCCAUUUUUAUAAAGAUGUCAAAUCACAGAUAUUAAAAGAAAUUUCCGAAGAGGACCAAGAUUACUUUAUCGCUAUCCUUUUUCAAAUAACUCCUAACGAUAUGGCACAUCUUUAUAAAUGUAUAUUUAAUUUAAGUAAGCCACUCUUAAAGACUCUGACAACUCUGUUGAGUAAUGACAAAAUUCUUGAAUCUAUAUCUCAUUUAGCACAAUCCGAUUACGACACCAAUUUUAUAACUGAAAAGAUAAAUGCACCUUUAUAUUCAUGGCAACCGUACCUGAAAGAAAUGACAAAUAACUUUAAUAGGUAUGUUACAAAAAUGUACAAUAAAAAAAUAAAACAACCUACAAAACCAGUGUCACCAAGAGUUUUAAAUAGAAAGAUAAAAACAACUUAUUCACAGCCUUUAAAAAAAUCAUCGCCAACUCCACCUAAUUCUAUAUGCAAACGUUCGAAAAUUCUCACCAAAAGUGUUAUAGACCAAAAACUAAAACAAAAGCAUGAAAUUAAUAAAGAAAAAGCUUUACACCUACUCCAGACAGUAAAAACAAACAAUAAUAAUUACUGUAGUCAAAAAUCUGAAAAUUACUAUAAAAAAAUAUCUGAAAUUAAAGAUGAAAUCAAAAAUGAAUACGAGAAUUAUCUGCCUAAAUUACUCCCAAAGAUUAAUAUGAGUUCUACGCCACCUAUAGUAAAGGAAACAACAACUACUUUAAAAAGAAUCAAUAAAAGAAUACAAUUAACAGAAAAAGAAGAACUUCAAUGGUUAGAAGAUUUAAUGACAAAUUGUCGAAAUACUACUAAAAUCGAAGAGCUUGAAGAGUAUGAUCGGCAAGAAAAAGAGAGAGAAAGAUUGUUAGAUAUCGAAAAAAAACAUCUGCUUGGUAAAAUAUCUUAUGAAGAUGCUUUGAUAGCGAAAAAGAAACUUUACGAUGAAAACAAAAAAAAAUACGAUAUUUUUUUAAAAGAAAAACGAUUAUGGGAAGAAGAAAUUGAAAAUUGGAAAAGAAAUGAAAUGAAUAAAAAUCGUAAGCAAGUAGAAAAGUUGUCACUAAUAGAACUUGACAUGCUUCAUGCAAAAAAUCUAAAUAUUGCUAAAAAGAAGGAAAUUGCUAAUCAAUUAAAAAAAGAAUCUGAAAACAUAUUAUCAAAAGCUGAACGGGAAAAACAAGAGGAAUUGGAUCGGAAAAUUAAGAUGAUAAGGGAACUAAAGAUAUUAGCAAUGAUUGCUAAAAAAGCCAAAGUGCCUAAAGUAAUUGAUUUGACGGAAUCUUCAGGUCUAGGUUUGUUAUGUGAGAUGUCAAUUGCCGAACUGCAAGAAAAACUAAACAUUACUAAGAUUGAGCUUAAGGAAGAACUCGAUAAGAAAAGAAAAAAUAUUCAAGACCAAAAAAAAGCCUUAAAAAACGACUUAGAAGAAACAAAAAAAUCUAUUAAAAAUUAUAUGUCUGAGCGUGGAAAAAUAAGAAUACAGAAGAAAAAACAAAAGAAAAUUGUUGAUUUGUCCUCUUCAAACGAAAUUAAUGAAUUGAAAAAAAUGCUUGAAGAAAAGCGAAAUUUACGAAUGAAAAUUACUUGUUAAGGUAAAUA